AUGCUCUCCGUCCCCCACUACACGGCGGCACACGUGACCGCGCUCCGCCGUGCAAUUCCACUGUGCGCACAGCGUGCCGUUCGCGCCUACUCACAGGCGCCCCUGCGCGUGCCCAUCUCGCUGCCCAACGGCAUCUCUUACAACCAGCCCACGGGUCUUUUCAUCGACGGCCAGUUCGUGGCCUCCCACCAGCACAAGACCUUCGAGGUUCUAGACCCUUCCACCGAGGACGUGGUCACCCACGUGUACGAAGCACGUGAGGACGACGUCGACCUCGCCGUCGCAGCCGCGCGUCGUGCCUUCGACAACGAAUGGUCUGUCGCGGACCCGGCUUUCCGGGCCCGCUGCCUGUACCGCCUUGCUGACCUCAUCGAGCGCGACGCAGAAACGCUCGCAGGCAUCGAGUCUCUAGACAACGGUAAGUCUUUGCUGUGCUCGCGCGGCGACGUCGCGCUCGUGUCCCGCUAUCUCCGCUCUUGCGCCGGCUGGGCCGACAAGCUUUUCGGCCGUGUCAUCGAGACCGGAACGGAUCACUUCUCUUACACCCGCCGCGAGCCGCUCGGCGUCUGCGGCCAGAUCAUCCCCUGGAACUUCCCGCUACUGAUGUGGUCGUGGAAAAUCGGCCCCGCACUCGCAACCGGUAACACCGUCGUUUUGAAGCCCGCCGAGGCUACGCCCCUUUCUGCGCUUUACGCCGCCCAGCUCGUCAGCGAAGCCGGCAUCCCCGCAGGUGUCGUCAACAUUAUUCCCGGAUUUGGAAAGAUCGUCGGUGAGCGGCUAUGCGCUCACCCCAAAGUCAGCAAAAUUGCUUUUACCGGAUCAACGGCAACCGGCCGUCACAUCAUGAAAGCCGCCGCAGAAACCGUGAAGAAAGUCACUCUGGAGCUCGGCGGCAAGUCCCCUAACAUCGUCUUUGGUGACGCGGACCUAGACAAGGCCGUGCGCAACAUCGCAUUUGGUAUUUUCUACAACUCGGGCGAAGUGUGCUGCGCUGGAUCCCGUGUCUACGUGCAGGACACCGUCUACGAGGAAGUCUUGGAGCGCUUCAGGGAAUAUGCCGAGGGUUUGAAGGUCGGCAACCCAUUCGAAGAUGGUGUGUUCCAGGGCGCCCAGACCUCCCAGGUCCAAAUGGACAAGAUCUUGGAAUACGUCGGUAUCGGAGAAAAUGAAGGUGCACGGGUUGUGAGCGGCGGUGUCCGUUCGGGCGACCGCGGCUACUUCGUGAAGCCUACCAUUUUCGCAGACGUGCGCGAGGACAUGCGUAUCGUCCGUGAGGAGAUCUUUGGCCCCGUCGUGACCGUCUCCAAGUUCUCAACUGUGGACGAGGUGAUUUCGAUGGCCAACGACUCCGAGUACGGACUAGCCGCCGGUAUCCACACACGUGACGUCAACAAAGCCAUCAACGUUUCCAACAGAAUCAAGGCCGGAACCGUAUGGAUCAACACCUACAACAACUUCCACGAGAGCGUGCCCUUCGGUGGGUUCGGACAGUCCGGUAUUGGCCGUGAGAUGGGUGCCGAGGCGCUCGACAACUACACGCAGGUGAAGGCCGUGCGCAUGGCGAUCGAGGCUGUCGAGAAAUAG